AUGUCACAAACCACCCUCCCCGGCUCAGACAUCAAGCCAUGGACCCGCCCCGCACCGCAGGGAUAUAAAUUCACCAACGCCAACAUUGUCGACGUCGAAUCAGGCACAAUCAAAGAAAACACAACUCUUAUAACCACCGAAGGCAAAAUCACCUAUGUUGGCUCAGAACCAUCCAUCCUAGCCUCACAAACCAACCUCGAAACAAUAGACUGCCAAGGAAAAUAUCUCUGCCCCGGUCUGUUCGAUGCCCACGUACAUCUAUGCGCAGUCCCAGGUUUCAGCGACUUAUCCAAAGCCUUCGGGAAUCCAAAUGACGUUCACCUCUUGCGCCAGCCCUACACAGCCUCGCAGAUGCUGCAUCGCGGCUUCACUAGCAUCCGCGACUGUGGCGGUGCCCAGCUCGCUCUGAAAGAGGCAAUCGAAGACGGUGUCUUCCCCGGCCCACGCGUCUUUAUCGCGGGUCACGCCCUCUCACAAUUCGGAGGACAUGGCGAUCUGCGCGGUCCGCAUGAGGCUACGGAAUGCUGCGGCGGCACGCACAGCAAUAAUCACCUGGGCCGUAUGUGCAACGGCGUGCCCGAGUGCAUGGCUGCUGUCCGUGAGGAGAUUCGCUGUGGCGCGGAUUUUAUCAAGAUAAUGGGCUCCGGUGGUGUGGCUUCACCAACAGAUAAGCUGGAACAUCUGCAGUUUACAGCGGCGGAGAUUCAGGCGAUGGUGGAAUGUGCCGAUAAUGCUGGGACUUUUGUCACGGCCCAUGCAUAUACCACCAAGGCUAUCCGGCAUUGUAUCGAUAAUGGUGUCCGUGGAAUUGAGCACGGGAACUUCGUUGAUCCACCCACUGCCAAGCUGAUGGCUGAGAAGGGGGUAUACUUGACGCCUACGCUCAUCGCGUAUGCUCAGAUGGCCUCCGAGCGGUGGAAGAAUUACCUUCCUAUUGAGUCCCAGACAAAGAAUUCGAUUGUGUUAAAGUCUGGUCUUGAGGCUUUGAGGGUUGCCUCGGAGGCUGGGGUGACUAUGUGCUAUGGCUCUGAUUUGCUGGGUCCACUGGGCUCUGCGCAGACCCAUGAAUUUGCUUUGCGGUCGCAGGUUUUGUCGUCGCUGGAGAUCUUGCGUAGCGCUACUGUUAAUCCGGCGAAGAUGAUGGGAUGCGCGGAUGAACUGGGUCAAAUCAAGGUGGGCUUCCAUGCUGACGUUGUGAUUCUAAAUAAGAAUCCGCUUGAGGAUGUGACCGUCUUUGAUAAGCCUGAUGCACAUGUGCUUUGUGUGAUGAAGGAUGGUCGUGUCUAUAAAAGCAGGUGGGAUGUAUUGCUAGAGGAUGGUCAGAUUCCCGUGAGAGUGCAAUGA